AUGAUCAUUAGUGAUGAAAUUAAAAGAAUACUAUCAAAUAAUGACUUUUCAAGAACUAAUAAUUCAUCUUUAUCUACAAAUAAAUAAAUGAACUCUAAAGAAUUAUCAAGAAAUUAAUCUCCAAUCAAAAGGAAAGUAUUAAAAAUAAAAAAUAACCUUAUCACUAGAGAUGAUCACAAUGAUGUAAAAUAGUCAUAUUUUCCAUAAGAAAACUAAUACUAGCUUUCACUCAAUAGCUCUAUUUUAGAAGAUAAGAAAUUGAGCACUAUCUAAUUUCCACUAAUUAACUCAUCAGACUAAUAAUUUGUUGAUAGUAAUAGCAGAACAUUGUAUUAAGCAGUGAUUGAGAUAUUUCCUCUAGAGCACGAAAUUUGGAAGGACUUAGUGGAAUAAAAUUAAACCAUCGAAGAAGUUGUCAAUAAUAAUGCAGAAUAUUUUCAAGGUUUACUGAAAGUUUGUUAAUGUAAACUAGAAUUAGCUCAAUAAGAUUUACUAAAUAAGAACAUUAAUUUUAAUGAAAUUAAAUAUUAUCAACCCAAAAAAUAAACAACUUAAUAUUCAAGAGAUUAUUCCGGGUCGAAACAUCUCCCUGAUCAACAACUUUUGAAUUAAUCAAAAGCCUAUGAACAGUAUUAUGCCUCUAAUUUGGCUUAUCUAUAGAAAAAGAGUGUUUAUAAUGUAUUAUUUUCAAUAUUAAAGCAAUAAUUUGUACCUCAGAACUCUGAAAAAGUUGAUAAUUUUAAGCCAGAAUACAAUCCUAAUUUGAACUAGUCAACAUUCUUAUCAACAUACAACUCAAACUUUAUGAAUUGGAAGGGUCAAUAUCCAGGUAAAGUUACUUAAUAAUUGUCCCCUAAAUAAUAGUCAACCUUACCCUUUAUUGCCGAAACUAAUUAUUCCAAAAAUUUUAAAUAAAUUAAAACUGAUAAAGUUGAAUUACAAAAGCACAUAAAAUUGUAUUUUUAUAUAAGCAUCUAGAGGUCCAUUUUGCGAGAAUGCCUAAUCUUUAAUUAAAGAAACGACAUCAUAACAUUUUUUUUAAUCACAUUAUUCUGUGCCUUCAAAAUUGAUUAGACCUGUUAGCCCAAGAUUAUUUAGUACUAAAUAAAGUUUUGAAGGAUAAUAUAGAUCAUCUUUUAAUAAGUAUAGUAUUUUCCUAUUAGAUCUUACGUGUCUAAAAAUUUGAACACCGAAUCAUAAUAAUCCUCAUUUGCAGAAAAGUUUUAUGAUAGCAAUGCUGUCAAAGGAUUGAUAGAUAAAAAAAUAAAAACUAGAAUUUUUUGA